UCGGUGCUUCUUGUGAAACUCUGGUUUACAGAAGCCUCAGCCCUGAAUUUAAACAGAUUUCAACAGUUCUCCUAUGAAGUGUUGCUACGUCUCUCCCGGUGGAAUACAGCUCCUUUCACGGAGACCAAGCAAUGGACAGCCUGGAGAGGCAGCUGAUUUGCCCAGUCUGUCUGGAGCUCCUCACUAGACCCGUGGUAAUACUGCCCUGCCAGCACAACUUGUGCCGCAAGUGUGCCAAUGACAUAUUUCAGGCUCGAGGGAUCUUGGUGGAGACAGGGGGCAGGUUCCGGUGCCCAUCCUGCUGUCAUGAGGUGGUCCUGGACAAGCAUGGAGUCUACAGCCUGCAGCGGAACCUGUUGGUGGAGAGCAUCAUUGACAUCUACAAGCAAGAGUCUUCCAACUCGAGACCCCGGUCAAAGCCUGCAGGCCACCUUACCUGUGAAGAGCAUGAAGAAGAAAAGAUGAACAUCUACUGCAUCUCCUGCCAGGUGCCCACCUGCUCCCUCUGCAAGGUGUUCGGCACACACGAGCACUGCCAGGUCGCCCAGCUGCAAGAUGUUUACAAACAGCAGAAGUCUGAACUUGGUGAUGGCAUCAGGUGUCUCAUCUCUGCCAACGAUAGAGCCCAGGCGGUCAUCACUCACUUGGAAGACACUUGCAGAAACGUUGUGGAUAACUGCAAAAGACAGAAGCAGAUGCUAUGUGAGAAGUUUGACCACAUGAACGCCAUCCUGGAGCAGAGCCAGAAGAUCAUGGUGCAGAGAAUCAACUAUGAGCAGGAAGAGAAGACUGGCCACACGCGGACUCUGAUGAGGACCUGUAGGGAGCACAUUGAGGCCACUUCCAAGCAAGUGGAGACGGGCCAGAAGGCCAUGAAGGAGCCCCAGAUGGCCGCCUUCAUGCAGAAUGCAAGGAUUCUGAUUGAAAAAAUGUCAGAGGCCGUGAAAGACUUCACGCCGGAGGAGCUGCAGUCUGGCUAUGAGAACAUGAAUCACUACCAGGUGGACUUCAAUGCACAGGAGAGAGCUCUCUCCCAGCUAGACUUCAUAAAAAUUGAGCAGAAGAAUGUCCCCGAGGAGCCUGAACAGGGUUGUGGGGAGGACUCUGAGAACACAGCUGCCAAGUGCGAUCAGCUCAAGGAAGCAGGUGAGAGGAGAGCCCAGGCAGAGAGCUCCAUAGACCUCAAGAAAAAGGAGGCCACUGACACUGAUGGGGCAAGCGCACUGCAGGCAGCAGCCCUCUUUUUUUCCAUUCUGGCACUGGUGAUCUUCCUUCAAAGCCUCUGGAGACGCAUUGAAUACACAGCUUGUACUUACUUGGCAAAGCUGGAUGGAGUUUGAAUGAACCAAGAGUGACAGCUCUGCCCUGAAUCUUGACCCUAAGCACUUGCCAGUCGGCCGUGGCAUCUCCUCCUCAUGGUUAAACUCACUUUCAAAAAGAAAAAGUGAAGAACACCUGAUUGCUUUGUGUUCAACGGAACUGCAAUGGACCGCGAUGAAAAAGCAAGUUAUUGCAGUUCAGUCAAGAUGAGUAUGUAUGGAGGAGAAAACUUUAAAGGAAACUGGUUGAAGUAAAAGCUGGAGCUUAACGUAUGGUUAAUCUUUCAAAGUAAUAAAAGUCUUAUGUAAGAAAAAGGGGCCUUUGUGGGCAGGGCGUUUCAAAAAAGAUAGCAGGGAGUUGCAAGUUUUACUGCACAAAAAAAGUGCCACAAUAAACAAUGUUUUAGUCUUAAUGCAGAAGUCAAAUUAAAAGCUACUGAACCUCUAUAGGACCUGCAUAAAUUACAAUGUCUUAAAAGGCUUAAAAGGCGAGUUGAACCUUGAAGUAUGUUUCAGGACAAAACUGUUUUGUGCAGGUUUAAAACUUUUUUUUUUCCCCUGGGUCUGUUUUUACCUUGAGUGGCAUGAUCAUCUUUGAAAGCAGAGACAGAAUGUAAUGUGUGAUGCAUGCUUAAGGCUCUGAAAACUGCUUCAUUGUCUACAGCAAUACUGUGCAGAAGGACCCUGCUGUGUUCUUCUGUAACUGGGCUGUACAGUUGUUUUGAAGAAUAAUAAGUUAAUUGCCAGUGACAUGUUUGCAAAUAGAAGGCUUUCCUCUGUAAGGCACUGUGUAUAGUGCUAGUAUGAUUACUUUUACACCAGACUGGAACAUUGUGUGGGUGUUGUAUUGUCUUUACAGAUUACCUUUAGGACAAAAUAAGCAAACUGUCUCUGCAGAGUGAGUGCACAGCAUCUGGGUGACAUGCAGACUGAACUGCAAUGCAUUAAUAUUCACAGUACAGGUUGCAAAUGGUUUGCAAUUUAAAUGGAAGCCUUCAAACUGGUAACAUGUUAUACUGUUCAUACUAGUGAACUGGUUAUACUAGUGAAAAAUUGUGUGUUUUAUGCAUUGUUGCAUUAUCCGUGUGUUUAGUUACUUCAAGAAGUUUUAAAAUAAUAUUCACAAAUGCACAUUUUGCUUAAGAUGUUGGUGGCCAAUUAUUUGUACAAUAGUACAAUAGAUUGUCAAUAAAUAACUCCAUGUGCAGAACAGAUGUGCCACCCCCAACACAAAACAAAGAACUCUAUUCUAUUUGUGAUAAAGGAGGAAAUAAACAAUCUCCCUUCAGCCUGUCUGAGCCCAUGGGUUUAUAGAAAGGAUUGUUGACCUGUUUUAAAUGCAGUUUGAUAUUCAUGAGCUUGCAGUCACUUCUUAUAAGAAGUUCGCACUAUCACACGAAUAUCAGACUUCAUUAGGAACACAAAAGCAGACAGAAUUAUUGCAAGUCAAAACUUUGUGAUAAGGGCCCAAUGUUUCAGAAAAGCUUCUAUCAAAAUAGAAACAUGAAGCGACACCACGUGCAGCUACCAAACACAGACCACACAGAGAUAAGGACAGAACAGGACAGCCAUGCAAAAAUGGAUCAUCAGCAUUUCACUUUUAUUAUUCGAUUGCAUUGCCUAUCUGCUAAUCUGUAUCUCACAUACAUUGUGACACGGCGUUAGCAGAAGCACACAAUACAUCACUGUAGAAGUAAUCGUGACAAUGGUUUUACACAUAAACAUUACACUACUGUACUACAAUCAGUACAUUCACCAUUCACACCAGCCCGAGUAUCAAAAUCAGAAGUAGCAUAUAGCUAAUUCUAGGAAUCACAUCUGUAAUAGUUCGCAGUUCCAGUUUUGAAACGUUAAACAACUUUAAAACUAUUAAUAAAUACUGUAGGCUACUACACUUUCUGCACGUGUGCAAUUACUAGUAUUAUUUUGUUUUUAUACAUUCAGCAUGUAAAAUAAUCUUAAUAUAUUUUAACUACCGUUACUACAAUAUUUAA